AUGUCUGUUCUCGAAAAUCUCCAAGGCGGUUACCUUUGUGGGCUCGUUCUUGACACCAUACUCCUUGGUGCAAUCACCGUUCAGGUCUUCCUCUAUUACCAUAGGUUCCCCAAGGAUCAUAUCUCUUUGAAAUUUACCGUCGGAUUCUUGUGGUUCAUCCAGACAUUUCAAGUGAUGGCUUCGACAGCCGCAGCGUACAGAGUACACGUUCGCCACUUCGGGGUUCGGCGGACAACUACAGUAUGGAAUGAUACCUUCCAUCAGAUAUCUAUCAUUAUCUGUUCCACUAUUGUGCAAUUUUACUUCGGCUUCCGUCUCUAUCGAUUUAGUGGAUCCAUCUGGCUACCGAUGCCGGUCGUCCUCUUGACUCUGGGGCAAUUUGGAACUGGACUCGCGAUCUGGAUCAAAGGAAAUAUCACCCACGGUCUUGAAAGCCUUGUCCGACCCGUUCGCCACGUCGAGAUAGCUUGGCUAACACUGGAGGUACUGGCGGACCUCGUGAUUGCCUUUGCUAUGUCAUAUUUCCUCCUGAACCGCCGCACAGGAUUUCGGCAGACGGAUACGGUGCUACGAAAGUUAACAGUAUAUGCCAUCAACACUGGCCUCCUGACUAGCGUUCUGGCAUUGGCGGUCAUGUUUUCUGUACAGCUGCUUCCAGCUCUUAUGAUGCACCAAGUGGCCCUGACGCCUUAUCUCCGGGUUAUAUUUGCAUUCCAGCACGGAGACCUAGCUUUACAGUGCAAUAUGCUUAGCCGCUUGGAAGUGUCUAUACCGCCUCCUUUUUGGCAAAAUACGCAACCAGAUAAGCGCGGCCGCUUAGUGUGUGGAGGUGGUGUUAGCCAGAGGCAAUGGAAUGCACGGCAACGAGUAUUAUCAGUGGAACAUACAUGGCAUAACAGGGUUGUGCUAAGGGAUAUUAAGGUCCACGGACUGAGGCGGUGGCUCAUCCAACAGGAGGGGUGUUAUCUGGACAAAGACCAUGCCCUGUCAGUAGAUGCGAGAUCCAUCUAUCGCAAGCACAGAUAG